AUGGUUUCAGCAACCUCAUCGUCACCUUUCCACUCUCCUACUCACCCUUCACACCCACAAACCACCACCACCACAUUUUCACCGCUGCCGAGGAAGAAGACCAUGUCCAUCACACAGACAUACUUCCUUGCCCACAAGGCACGGGCUAAGCUAUCUAACGAGGCUGCCCGUCCCGACCACAACCUCCGGCUCUUGGUCGGUCACGCCAACCUACUAGACUCCUUGAUGCUCGACCUUGCCGAAGCCGAGCGGGAACAAGAGAGUUGGUUCAACCAAUCCGUCCGAGGAGCCACACCUAAGACGGGAGAGAGACACGUACAAUGGGCCGACAAUGCAGUUGAGGAAGACUGGGAGGCAGACUCGUCCGACUCGGACAGCGACAGUGACGAGGACGAGGACGAGGAUGUAGAGAUGGCAGACGCAUUACCGCUACGACGGAUAGCUUCCCACACAGUAACAGCACCGCCAUCUCCCCAAUUACAUCUAAUGGAUGAGGACGAGGACGACUUUGAGGACGACGAAGACUACGACGCUCUAUCCCUUACUCGAUCACCAUCUCACUCUAUAACAUCACCGCCCGAGCUCGAGCAUGACUCGGACUCAUCAGAAGACGAGGCAAUGCCUCCGUCGCCGCCAGCAGCAUCAAUACCUACAUUCUCAGAGAAGCAGAAGGAGAGCACAGUGACGACCAAGUACCUGGAUUCAAGACAAGAAGACGAAGAGGACAACAAAAGCGACUUUUACAGUGAAGGAUACUACUUACCGCCGCGAAAUCCAACACGAAUAGUAUCUACGAUAUCGGUGUAUUAA